CACAUCUGGUGAAAUUAAAAUUAUGACAAGAGGGAAAAUCGUGAUCAGAAGAAUUGAGAAUCCGGCAAGCAGACAGGUGACGUUUUCGAAACGUAAAAGUGGGUUAGUUAAGAAAGCCAAGGAACUAGCAAUCCUUUGUGAGGCUGAAGUUGGACUCACAAUCUUUUCUAAUACUGGACGACUCUAUGAAUACUCAACUUCCAGCAUGGAGUCAAUAUUUCAAAGAUAUAAUGAAGAAAAGGAACACCAUCGCUUGUUGACACCCUCAAUAGAAGCCAAGUUCUGGCGAACGGAGGUAGAAAGGCUGAGACAACAAUUGGAUGAUCUUCAAGAAAAUUACUGGAAAUUGAAGGGGGGAGAACUUUGUGGCAUGAGAAUAAGCGAUCUUCACAAUCUGGAAAAUGAACUGGAGAUGAGUUUGAAGAAUAUCCGCAUUAAGAAGGAAAAUAUGUUAACUGAUGAGAUAGAAGAAUUAAAUCGAAAGAGUGCUGUUAUUGGUCAUGAAAAUGUGGAAUUGUCUAACAAGGUAACCCUCAUCCACCAAGAAAAUAGACAACUUCAUAACAAGGUUUAUGGAGAAACUGACAAGAUAAAAUUUGAAGAAGGAAGUUGCAGUGUACAUACUUUAGAAAAGGAAUCAAGUAGUGUUCCAUUACAACUAAAUGUCAAUAGAGCAGUACAAGAAUGCGAAAUUAGUUUGGGGUUACAACUGCAGUAGCCCAUUCAAGGAACUCUAGCUAGCAUAAAGCAUGACCAAAGUUAAUGCCUCGAAAAUACUAUAACCAAAAUAUUGUAUAACUAUACAAUUUGGCUGGAUUAGCAACUUGCACAUUUAAAUUAUGUUGUGUUUAUAUCACUUGUGUGGACGUUUUCCCCCUGUGCUUACAUAUCAACUAUCACCAUUCACCACCCUCUUUUUCCAUGAGACAAAGAGAGUAGUC